AUGUCUGGAUAUCAGUCAAGUAAUUUCGCCGGUGAAAUUUGGCUUCAAUGGUUCGGUUGUUGCACGAAUCAACCCGCACAAAGGAAAAGGCAAGCUGUCCAAAGAUCGAGAGCGAGGAUAGAUAGGUCCAUGAUAGGGUAUCCGAUGAAUUUCCAGCACACGGUACACAUCGGAAGUGGAGAUUUGGAAAUAGAAAGCUCUCACCUGGACGCACUCCAGGGUCAAAUGCAAAGCAAAGGAGGCUACGGGAAAGCUUACAUAGUUAAGAUAAAUGUCGCGCUUGUCGUUGUCGAAAGAACAAGAAAGUGA